CAUCUCUUCAGGGUGCUCCUUCCAGAGAAACCUGAGUGGUCUGAGAGGCAACGUAUCCAGAUAUACCAAGGCCGUCUCGGUUGUGCUGUCUUCCUGAAGCCAUUUGUGGCGUCAACCAGUCAUGGAUAAAGGAACCUCUGAAGUCAGUCCCAACAUGCCUACAUUGACCAUCAAGAAGAAAGAAAAAUCCAAGAAGGUCACCAACAGUGUGGUGAUCUUUUUACUUGCUAGGCAACUGGGGAAGCACAGAAGUGAUGUGGAUUUGUCCAGGUGGGUGUGGAUGCUGAAUUAAGUCACACCCAGGGCCAAGAAGUCAUAAAAUUUUAGAAAAAAAAUUUUUUUUUCUAAAAUUUAAUCUUAGAAAACAAAAAAGACAACAAAAUGUAGAAGAACAAACUCCUCGUUUCAGCUGUUAAAAUAAAAGCAGCAU